AUGGUUCUGAGAGAGCUGGACACCACGCGCGAGGAAGGUGGCGGCGACCACAAGCAGGCAGCGCGGAGCUCUGCUGUGUUGCAUAGGGACCUCAGUUAUGACUUCCUUUCUCUCUCACAAGGCGAGGGCAACUACCUUGUACUUGAGGAUGGGCGUAGGAUAUUCGAUGCCUCAGGAGGAGCUUCUGUCGGGUGUCUCGGCUGGGGCAAUGAAAGAGUGGCCCGCGCCGUCAUGAAGCAGCUCAUGGCGAUCCCGUACUGCUCGACCGUCUUCUACACGACCAGGGCACAGGAGGAGCUUUGUCGCUUCUUGGUCGAGUCGACCCACGGGCACAUGGGACGCGCAUAUAUCGUCAACUCGGGAUCCGAAGCCAUGGAGGCGGCUGUCAAACUGGCCAGGCAGUACUUUCUCGAGCUCAGUCCGUCGCAGAACAACAGAACCCGGUUUAUCUCCCGGAGACAGUCGUAUCAUGGUAUCACCUUGGGCGCCUUGGCAGUUGGGGGCCAUCAAUACCGGCGGGCAAAGUUCGAGCCGAUUCUUAUGAAGAACGUGUCUAAAGUGUCGCCAUGUAAUCCAUAUCGCGGCAAGAACCCAGGUGAGACAGAUCAGGAGUAUGUCGACCGACUGGCCAAGGAACUCGAUGACGAGUUCCAAGCCGUCGGCCCGGAGACGGUCUGCGCCUUCAUUGCCGAGCCUGUUGUAGGAGCUGCCCUGGGGUGCGUCCCCUCAGUUCCCGGAUACUUCAAGGCGGUGCAAGCGGUCUGUCGGAAGUACGGAGCGCUCCUCAUCCUCGACGAGGUAAUGUGCGGCAUGGGGCGGACGGGAACUCUGCACGCCUGGGAGCAAGAGGGAGUGGCGCCAGACAUUCAGACAUUUGGUAAAGCUCUCGGUGGCGGCUACCAGCCGGUCGCAGGAGUGCUGGCGAGUCGGGAAGUGGUGGGCGUGUUGGAAAGAGGUAGCUCCGUUUUCGUUCACGGCCACACGUAUCAAGGCCACCCAGCUGGUUGUGCUGGGGCGCUCGAAGUCCAGCGGAUCAUUCGCGAAGAGAACCUUUUGGAAAACGUCCGGAAAAUGGGCGAGCUCCUCUCCGGGCGGCUGCAGGAGCGGUUGGGUGCGCACCCCAACGUGGGCAAUAUCCGGGGACGCGGCCUCUUCUGGGGAAUCGAGUUCGUUGCUGAUAAGGCCACGAUGGAGCCGUUUCCUGUCGAGAAUCAUGUCGCCGCGGCAAUCUGCGAGCGCGGCCUGACCAAGGAAUAUUCCAUUAGUGUCUAUCCGGGCACUGGAUCGGCCGACGGUAUACGCGGCGAUCACAUUAUCGUCUCGCCCGCGUACAAUGUGCACAAGGACGAGAUUGAGUGGAUCGUGGACACCCUUGGGCGCCUCGUCGACGAUUUCUUUGGGUCCGCGUAG